AUGGCUCGUACCAAGCAAACAACACGCAAGUCCACCGACGGCAAAGUCCCAAGGAAGCAGUUGGCAACCAAAGUCGCUCGCAGGUCUGUUCCGACCACCGGAGGAGUGAAGAAGCCACAUCGUUUCAGGCCAGGAACCGUCGCUCUCCGUGAGAUCCGCAAGUACCAGAAGAGUACUGAGCUUUUGAUUCGCAAGCUUCCCUUCCAGCGUCUUGUUCGUGAGAUCGCUCAAGAUUUCAAAACCGACCUCCAUUUCCAGAGCUCCGCCGUGUCUGCACUCCAAGAAGAGGCCGAGUCUUACCUCGUCGGACUAUUUGAGGACACAAACCUCUGUGCAAUUCACGCCAAGCGUGUGACUGAGGCUAUGAUGGUGGAGGAUGGAUUUGGGUGGUUUUGUGGGAGGAAGAAGAAAGGUGGCAGAGGGAAGCUUUGUUUCUGCAACUAUGGCCGUUCUGAGAUAAAGAGUAGUAGGGUUUUCUUCAACCCCAAUUUUGUGAAUUUGGAAGAUGGGUCCGGACCACCCUGA